AUUCAGGGAUUGUUUUCAGGGGAAAAAAAAUAAAAAGGAAGAAAAGGAGAGUGUGUACAUGAUAUGCGCAUUCUUGAAGCGAGAGUUAGGGGUUGUUUGGAGAUCGAUUGUGAGGUUUAUUAAUAGAUCCUUUUUCAGAGCCAUGGGCAUUUUCCUUAGCUGCUUCCGUCACAGGGACAGUCGCCGCCGACGAGGAGGGGUUAGCGGCUCCGAUUCUGCUUCUGCUCGAUCAAAAUAUACUGCCAAGUUUCUCAAGGUUUGUGAUACAUUGUCAGGGACUCCUACUGAAAUCCGAAAAGCCUCUAAGCAGUUGAAAGGUUCUUCUCACUGCCACAGAGAUUCAGAGCCUUUAGAGUUCCGUUCUUGGCUACCCAACUCAUCAAUCCAGAAGCUGUAGUUGGACAAGCAACUCGAUCUGACCCAUGCUCCUAUUGAGCUUGGUGAAGAGUUGAGAAAGGACUUGGAAUCUUUGGAGCACACACGUAGGAGGUUGAACUUUGGCCUUACUAAUUGUUCCCAAAUAAUUGUUGCACAUUAUAUUACUCGUCCAGGACACAUGAACAUGGAAUGAGUUGUUGAUCAAUCUAGUCUGCCCUUAGUUGUAUC